UCUCAGUGGUCUGUUACUGGCAGAGCUCUUUACAGGGCUCUGGUUACUGGUGAAGAUCAGCAGCUGGAACAGUUGUCCACGCAAGCCUACGUGUAAGGUAACAGGUUACACUUUAUAUGGCUUGCCAUACACUCGUUAUUAUCGUUGUGACGAAUCAGGAGCAGCGGGUUACCUCAGGCCGAAGGAUAACAUCUGAACUUUGGUCCAGUACAUCUUCCAUCAUCCAGCGAACGGCUCAUACACAACAGACUGACGUCGGAGCGUAGAAGAAGAAGAAGAAGAAGAAGAAGAAGACGACGAAGAAGAAGAAGAAGAGGCGGGCACGGCAGGAGCUAUGGCGAGAUAUUCAAGCAGACACAUCUGUGCUCUGUCUGCGACCACUUGAACUUCCACAGAACAUUUAGCCGAUUGGUUAUUGCUCCAGAUGGAUUGGGAUACUUCAGAUCACAAUGGUGAUGGUCCAGCAGUCUUAAUGGAUGACUCCUCUUAUGUAUCUGAAUCUCGUCAAAUAAGGCCAAGAACAAGCGGAAUUUCAGAGCGUGAAUUCACCUGCCACUGUUGCUACGACAUUUUGGUCAACCCCACCACUUUGACCUGCGGCCACAACGUCUGCCGCCACUGUCUGGCUCUGUGGUGGGAGUCCUCGCGCAAGAAUGAAUGCCCAGAGUGCCGUGAGAAGUGGGAAGGCUUCCCUAAAAUCAACAUAUCAAUGAGAGAUGCAAUUGAAAUCCAUUUCAGCGAAGUUAUUCAGCGGAGGAAAGCAGAAAUCCAAACAAACCACCCAGUUGCUCGCAGCCUGUUGGCAUUUCAAAGGUAUGGUGACAACUUGGGUAGGUCCAAGAAAAGACAGUGCAAAGGAGCAGGAGCCUUCUUCUCUGGAGUCCUGACUGCACUCACGUGUGUGGCUGUGGUGGUGCUGGUCUAUCACUGGGGCAGUGGAGUCCUGGAACAGCCUGACCUGUUGAUCAGUAAACCUGUAGUUCACUGGACACCAGCAGAGGUCGUGUCAUGGCUGGAGGACCUGGGUCCGUGGACCGAGCCCUACAGAAAACCUUUCCAGCAGGAGAAUGUUAACGGGAGGCUGCUGUUGAUGCUGGGGGACGAAGAGCUUUUGAAAUCUCCUUUUAACAUUGAGAAUCAGACUCACAGACAAGUUGUCGUGGCUGAACUGGAGAAAGUUAAAAUCCUGGGAGUCAAAUCUCCGCAGAACCUCUGGGAAUACAAAGCAGCUAAUGCGGGGAAGUCUCUGUUCCUGCUGUACGGACUGAAACGCUCCCCUCGUCUCACCAUAUUUUAUUUAUUUUUAUUUGAUUACUCUGAGACUUUUCUUCCCUUCCUGCACACCUGCUGUCCAGCCAGCACGCACAUCGACCAGUCCGUGGAGAGCAGAUAUCUCUUCCCACAGUUGGAACCCAGCUGGCAGCAGUGGGCGGAGUUUCUCGUGAAGUACUGCUUGCUUCCGUACCAGCUCAUAGCAGAGUUUGCAUGGGACUGGUUGGCUGUCCACUACUGGACGUCCCGCUUCAUCAUUGUUAACACCAUGCUGCUCUCUGGGCUGGAUGGCUUCUUUCUGUGGAGGACAAUUGCCAACAUCAGGACUAUGCCACAAAAGAUGUGGACCCACUUGUGCAAGAUGCUCUUUCAGGGAUUUGCCUUUGCCCUCCUGUGGCCUUUUGUCCCCCAGUUUGUGUGCAACUGUCUCUUCAACUGGGCUCUCUACAUCAGCCCCAUUAUCAACUUUGACUUGGUGUUGCAGCAGUUAUUGCACUUUGAAACAUGAGCGCCGUAACAGAUUGCAUGGAGUUGGUGCCUACAUUACGCUGUAAAGUUUACAGCAGAUUAAAUAUCCGGAAGUC